AUGGUAUUGUUUGAGAGCUACGAGAAGCAGUACGGCAGUUUGACUAGUGACAUAACAUUCAAGUUAGGAAAAAUACCUCGACUUAGUGGUGAUGAGAGAACUAAAGAAGUUCGCGAUGUAUCAACACUUUUCGAUGAGACGAAAGAACUGAUUGAACAGAUGUCACUUGAAGUUCAGGAGAUGAGAGUCGAUAUUCGAUCAAAAUACCAAAACCGUCUUGAGUGUUAUCGAAAAGAAUUAGAAAAACUUACGUCUGAAUUCAGGUUACCACGCUAUUCUGCCCGCUUACCUGAUAAAAGAGAUUCAGGAGUUUCUGAUGAUGAAGAAAGCCUGCGGGAAGAGGUUUUGUUUGAUUCGGAUAUGAGGGCUCAGCUUCUGAGUAAUAGUGAAAGGAUAGCUCGAUCUACUACAAAGUUGGAGGACGGUGUCCGUGUUGCUUUAGAGACGGAAGAAGUGGGCGGUCAUAUCUUACAGGAAUUAAGUGAACAAAGGGAAAAACUCCAAAGAAGUCGAGAUCGGCUACGUCAAGCAGACUCCGAUCUAAAGAAGAGCUCGCGAAUAGUUGCCGUAAUGACUCGUCGAGUCCUUCAGAACAAAUUUCUGCUAAUUGCUGUGAUAUCCUUGAUGGUAAUGAUUUUCUUCGUGGCCAUAUACUUGGUUUCCCGUCGUUCUACGCCUGCUACUAAUUUAAUUUCGCCCACAAUAAAUUCAUCUAAUCCGUGA